CCUUUAAAGCAUGGCAAAAGAGAAGACUCACGUGAACGUGGUGAUCAUCGGCCAUGUGGACAGCGGCAAGUCCACCACCACUGGCCACCUCGUCUACAAAUGUGGAGGUAUCGACCAGAGGAGACUGGAGAAGUUUGAGAAAGCUGCAGCACAGAUGGGGAAGAGUUCCUUCAAGUUUGCCUGGGUGUUGGACAAGCUGAAGGCUGAGCGUGAGCGAGGAAUCACCAUCGACAUCUCACUGCUGAAAUUUAACACUCAGAAAUAUACCAUGACUAUAAUAGACGCUCCUGGCCACCGGGACUUCAUUAAAAAUAUGAUAACAGGGACUUCACAGGCUGAUGUUGCCCUCCUGGUGGUCUCGGCAGCCAAAGGAGAGUUUGAGGCCGGUGUGUCAAGAAGUGGUCAGACCAGAGAGCACGCCUUACUGGCUUACACGCUGGGUGUGAAGCAGAUCAUCGUCUGCGUGAACAAAAUGGACCUGACUGAGCCGCCUUACAGCCAGAAGCGCUUCGAUGAAGUGGCCCGAGGUGUGAGCAGCUUCCUCAAGAAGAUUGGCUACGACCCGGCGACGGUGCCAUUCGUUCCGAUUUCCGGCUGGACUGGGGAGAACAUGAUCACCGCAACUCAGAGGAUGCCAUGGUUUCAAGGCUGGAAGGCAAGACGGAGGGAAGGAAAUGCAAGCGGCAGAACUCUACUCGAAGUCCUGGACUCAAUUCAACCACCAAUUCGCACCAUUAACAAGCCGCUACGAUUACCCCUGCAGGACGUCUACAAAAUUGGAGGAGUUGGGACCGUUCCAGUGGGUAAGAUUGAAACUGGUGUCCUCAAACCCGGCAUGACUCUGAUGUUCUCGCCCGCCAAGCUCACAGCAGAGGUGAAGUCCAUCGAGAUGCACCACCAGGGCCUGCAGACCGCUCUGCCCGGACACAACGUAGGCUUCAACAUCAAGAACGUGGCCGUGAAGAACCUCCGGCGUGGAGAUGUGGCCGGCAACGCCCAGCAGGAUCCUCCAUCAGAUGUCAGCAGCUUUGAGGCUCAGGUGAUCAUCCUGAAUCAUCCAGGGAAGCUAAAAGCGGGCUACUCCCCUGUGCUGGACUGCCACACGGCCCACGUCACCUGUCGCUUUGCAGAGCUGAGGGAGAAGAUUGACCGCCGCACAGGGAAGAAGCUGGAGGAUCAUCCACAAAUUCUGAUGUCGGGGGAUGCUGCCACAGUCAAGCUGGUUCCAAUCAAGCCCAUGUGUGUGGAGAGCUUCUUCACGUACCCUUCUUUAGGUCGCUUUGCAGCACGAGACCUGAAGCAGACAGUCGCUGUGGGAGUCAUCAAGUCGGUGGAGAAGGAGCAAGUGUCAAAAAAAGCCCAAGUUUGUAAAUAGGUUUACCAGUAUUCUGGUAUUACUGAUUUGAACAGUUUUAUUUUGUAUCUUUUGUGUUUUGACACAAAGUAUUUAUGUUGUCUUGAAGAGUCUUUUUCCUGUGUUGAUGUUAAAAUCCAAAGAAGGGCAAGAGUUGGAUGUCGAACUUUGGUUGCAAUGGAAUAAAAGCUUUAUUCAG